AUGCAGCAACUCGCUACCGGCGCAACCCGUAACAGUAUUCGUGAUACUACCGUGGCCGCACUGCGACUUAUUCAGCAGCGAUUUCAGCGUGGGAACUAUGAGCUUCCCAGAGCAACGAGAACCUUCGAGCGACAGCUCACACUGGCAAUUCUCAUGGAACAAGACACCAGAAACCUCGGCCUCGAUGCGCUGAUUAUACGUACAACGACAGCUUGGGGUCGCAUCUCUGGUCGCCUCGAGCAGGGCCUCUCCCCCUUUCCUGAGCCUUACCAUAUCAUCGCCGACGACGGAGAUGAAGAUGUCUCGAUCGAGGAGCGUCUUCGCAGAAUGGGACUCGAUCCCAACAACUUCGACCUUACCGGCAUUCGCUCUGACGCCCCGUGCAGCUCUAACAACAGCAACAACGUUGCCACGGCCCAGCCUCAGACUGACAUGAGUUCCACCAUCGGUACAGGAGGAAUUAUCUCCAGUCAAGCUGCUGUCCUUACUCGCGCAAUCGUCCAGACAGGCAAAGCUGCCGUGACUGGGAAGCCCCGGGGCCGAAAGCGCGGCAAAGAUAUGUACGGGUGUGAUGUUUGCAAUCAGGCGAAGAGGUACACCUCUGCGUGCACUCUCUACAGACACAAGAAGAGUAAGCACGGCAUUCCCACACCAGGGGAUGUCCGCAAGGAGAGGAAGUUGGCUGCAGAGGCGGCUCUUGCAGCUCAGGACAAUGCCGAACAGGGUGAUGGUGGCGAAGAGGAUGAAGACGCAGAGGCGGUUGAGGAGGUUGAUGAGACUAUGAGCGGGGAUACCGGAGACGAGAGGGACUUGGAGUGA